CAGGUACCUCAGAAGUAUGGAGAUACUAAGGUUAACUUUACUAGUUUUUAGUGUUAUUUUAAUCAUUUUAAACAAGGGACAAUCGAAGAAGAUACAUCUACCGGCCCGUAAGACACAUCAUGGUUUUGGAUUUGACUAUGUUAAAAACGGCAUCAUGGGUCCUCAAAACUGGGGUUUGUUCUGGCCUGAUUGUAAAGGAGAUCGACAAUCACCUAUCAACGUAGUUACCAAUGAUGCACUGUAUUAUCCAUUCAAGCUGAAUUACCUGAUAGAAGGCUGUAAUUUUAAAGGAAUGUUUAAAAAUAACGGACAUUCACCGACAUUCACAUUAAAUGACAAAGGUACACAAAUAUCUGGGAUCCCAAGAUUCACCACUGACAUUUUUGAAUUGUAUAACUUCCAUUUUCACUUUGGACACAGCGAGAAUGAUGGUUCCGAACAUUCUGUUGAUGGUAAAAAGUACGCCGGAGAGAUGCAUAUGGUACAUUAUAACACAAAAUAUGACACAUUUAGCAAGGCAGUUAAUAAGGAUGAUGGACUCGUGGUUCUUGGCAUAUUUUUAGAGGAUUUGAACCAAAAAUUCAAUGCUUUUGACAAAUUCAUCAACCAAUAUGGACACAAACUGAAAUCCAUUCAAGGGCAUGUGAAAACUAAAUUUAAUCCUUUUACUCUACUACCGAAGAAAGAUGAUUCUUACUUUUACAAAGGAUCCCUUACAACUCCCGGCUGUUUCCAGAGUGUGAAUUGGGUUGUCUUCAAGCAUCCAGUUCACAUCAGUAAUAAAACGCUAAAGACGUUGCGAGAGAUGGAAACAAUAUAUAAUCACGAACAAAUAUCUAAAGCAGGAAACUGUAGACCUAAGCAGCCUUCUAAUGGGAGAGUAGUUCUUCGAAAUUGUAAAUAAAAUCGAGGGAUACAGAUAUU